CUACUUAUUGAUAUCAGCUGCUCGACGAGUCAGAGUAACCAGUAACAAAUAACUGGCAAUGUCACGUGUAUUGUUAGGAAAAAGUAGCAGCUGCGUUCCCCGAUUCCAAAUGGCGAGAUAUCUGGUGACUGAUCCGAGAUAUGGAUUUUUAAAGCAAUUAGGCAUCACCAUCGAGAAUCCCGGACUCUAUGAUGGAAGAUGGGGUGGUUCUGGAAAGUUAAUAGAAUCCAUAUCACCGGCGACCGGCAAGGUGAUAGCGAAGAUUCGGGAAUCUACGCCUCAGGAAGCUAGCAAUGCUAUCACGGAAGCGCGUAAAGCAUGGCCACAAUGGACAUCUAUCCCGAUUCCAGCGAGAGGAGAUAUUGUCCGGCAAAUAGGGGAUGAACUGAGGAGAAAUUUGAAGCCGCUAGGAUCCUUAGUAUCCUUAGAAAUGGGAAAGAUAUUACCGGAGGGUAUAGGCGAGGUUCAGGAAUUCAUCGACAUAUGCGAUUACGCGGUCGGAUUGUCGCGAAUGCUGCCCGGUAGCUUAUUUCCGUCUGAGAGAAAGAAUCACGCGCUCCUGGAGAAGUGGAAUUCUCUGGGUGUGGUCGGCGUUAUCUCUGCGUUCAAUUUUCCUAUAGCGGUGUACGGCUGGAACAGCGCUAUCGCAUUGGUCUGCGGUAACACCAUCGUUUGGAAAGGAGCGUCGAGCACAUCUCUGGUAGCCAUCGCAACCACCAAGAUAAUCGCGGGUGUUUUGGAACGUAAUGGUAUCCCGGGUUCGGUCGCAUCCCUGAUCACUGGUGGGUCGGAGGUCGGGGACACUCUGGUGAAUGAUAAACGGGUACCUCUUAUUUCGUUUACCGGAAGUACAGAUGUAGGAAGACAAGUGGCACUCAAAGUUCAGCAGAGAUUCGGAAGAUCCUUGCUGGAACUUGGCGGUAACAAUGCGUUGAUCGUUGCACAAGAUGCGGAUUUGGAGAUGGCAGUGAGAGCGGCGGUCUUCUCGUGCGUUGGAACAGCUGGACAAAGAUGCACUACAACCAGGAGAUUAAUAUUGCACAAAAAAAUAAAGAAUGAAUUUUUAGGAAAAUUAAAAACAGCGUAUAAAAGUAUACUAGAACGAGUCGGAGAUCCUUUGGAGGACAAUGUGCUUUAUGGACCGUUGCAUAAUCAACAAGCUGUUAACCAAUACAAGGCAGCAAUUGAGAGAGCUGUGAAAGCCGGUGGCACGAUAGAGUUCGGUGGAAAGCAAAUAGAACGACCCGGUUUCUAUGUCGAGCCGACAAUUAUUUCGGGUCUAUCAGCCGAAGCGGAAAUAGUACAACAAGAAACUUUCGCCCCGAUCGUUUACAUCCUGGAGGCGAACUCCCUAGAGGAGGCUAUCGAUCUUAACAACGGUGUAGAACAGGGAUUGAGCAGCAGUCUCUUUACUAAAAGCAUCGGAAAUAUAUUUCAGUGGAUCGGUCCUCACGGAUCAGAUUGUGGCAUAGUCAAUGUCAACAUAGGCACUAGCGGCGCCGAGAUAGGUGGUGCAUUUGGCGGCGAGAAGGCUACGGGCGGUGGUCGCGAAAGCGGAAGUGACGCAUGGAAGCAUUACAUGCGACGCGCGACAAUCACGAUCAACCACGGGAACGAACUGCCUCUGGCUCAGGGCAUCAAGUUUGAAUAAAUUGAAAACCAUCAGCGCUUCGUCACUUCAAAUCGUAUAAAAUCCACCUGUAUGUCGACGGAAUCUUUCUUAUGGAACUUGUAAGCUUUUGGUAGAUCAUAUCUAAGUUCGGCUAUCACUCUUCCUUCCGCGCCGAGCUGUUUCACUUUUGAGAGAACGUAAUCUCGCGUGCUGCUCUUGUGCAACGAGUAAACCGCGUUGGAUGAAAGUUUCAAUGCCACUUCGAGAAAUUUCAUAUCAAUACCCACAUUGUUCUUAGUGCCAAAAGGUGGAUUCAUUAUAACAGUAUCAAAGUAUUUCUCAAAUUUUCCUGUAACAAAACAAAUAUUGACAUAUGUAUAUGUUUGUACUUUUAAUAAAUACUAGUAAAAAAACUUA